GUACGUUUGGCUCGACGUAGAUCCUGGCCACGAUGAUGCCACCGCGAUCCUCCUAGCCCUCCACGCGCCCAAUAUCACGCCCUUGGGGAUCUCGACGGUAUAGCAGGAUUGCCAUCAUCAAGCCGUCGACGCGGAAGUAACCUCAGUCAGACCCAUGGAAAUGCGAGCAGCGACUGGACGAUGCUCAACGCAGCGAGAUGUCUACACGCGUUCGGUGCGGCCGCGGUGUAUCCGGAUAUGCGCGUCUACCCCGGGGCGACCAAGCCUCUCCUGCGCCCCGCGAAGCACGACCCAGAAAUCCACGGUGUCGACGGUCUCGGGGGUGUCGUGGGUCUGCCAGAUCCAGCCAGUGCUGAGGUCCAGCAGUGGAUUGCACGGGAUGCCGAGGGGGCGGUGGUGAGAGCCCUCGAGGGGAUGUCACACCAUGUGAAACGGACGUGGAAUAAUGGGAUGGGGUCCAAGGUCACUAUCAUCUCCAGCGGUCCGAUGACCAACAUCGCGUUGUUCGCGUCGGUGUAUCCAGAUCUGUUGAUCGCUGUGGAAGAGUUCGUGUUCAUGGGGGGUGGAGUUGGCUUGGGCAAUCGGUCGGCUGUUGCUGAGUACAAUAUAUUAUGCGACCCUCAUGCAGCUCAAAUCGUUCUGGAUACUCCUGUGAGGAAGGCCAUGAUUCCCAUCAACGUAACACACACCGCCAUCGUCACACAUAGCGUUCAUACGCGUCUUCUGUCGCCGUCGUCGCCGGACCCUCGUGACUUGAGUGUGCCUCUCCCCGCACCGACAACGAGCCUGCGGCACACGCUGUCAACACUGAUUGGAUUCUUCGCCGAGUCGUACAAGAGCACAUUCGGUUUUAACGACGGUCCUCCUCUGCAUGACGCACUGACAAUCGCCUAUGUCUCGCAGCCAGAACUUUUCACUGGCACGCGGUAUCGAGUCGAUGUCGAACUGGCCGCAACAUUCACAUCCGGUGAAACUGUUGUGGAUGUCUGGAAUUACCAAGGUUUUGGAGAGGACACAUGGGGAGUCGGGGGAAAGAACUGUCUUGUCACCCAGUCUCUCAAUGUCUCUGCCUUCUUUGAACUGUUCCAUCAAUGUCUGUUGACCUGUGACCAAGUUUCGCCACUCAACCAUUGAGAAUCUGUAAUCAUCAUCUCCUUCCAUUUGUCUAUGUAAAUUUCUUUGCUGUUAGACCGCCAGUGCUCAUCCCAAGAUCGCCACAGCAACAAAGAUCGAAAACACGCCGACCACUGUUGCAGUCCAUAUCAUGGUACUCGUCCUUGAUGGUGGAGGAGUCAGCUCCCCAAUGCAUAUUACGGAACACCGCACCAAAUUCACUCCCUCUCGAACCGGAUCUCUGCAUAGUCCGGAUAUAAAUUCAGCGAUCGAUCUCAGUAACCUGCUGUGCUCGUCUUGCGAUUGUGAUUUACCCAGUGUAUAUGGGUCAAUACCAGAGAGACAACUGAGGAUUAAAAGUCCAUUGAUUGCUAUUACAGGUGCUUAGUUAUACAGUCCAGACUGAAGGCAUAGCUCAUGAUUGUGCUUCCGGUGUUCGAGACUUCGAGACGACGGUUCGCUUCAAGGUAACUCAUGAUCUAAUCUGAUAGCAUCAAGAUCAUGAAUGAUGUCAUCUGGGUCUGAAGGACUCUGAGAGUUCAGGUCGUGACACCUACUUUGUGCUGGCUACCAAGUAGUACUCUGUUCAGAGCAGAAGCUCUCAAGGGUGUGAGAGACUUCAAACAAGGGCUGACAUCAUAUACGCCUAUUGAGGACAGGGAUAAUACACGUUCCGUUGUCGUGACGAAAAUAGCCUGAUCAUCUUCCUUCCUCUCCCCAUCCCUAUGCAACUCACGAUCACACCCCUCAAGUCCGCUGCUAUCCCGUCCGACGACGAAAUAAUAGCAGCAGGAGAGGCGCUUCUGGCAUCCACGACGUCGUGGAAGGAGGGAAAGACCUACCACAAGCAGGUCAAGACCGUGUCGCGCGGCAAGGAGCCUGGAGAUGGGGCGCCGUGGCACUGCCGAAUCAGCGUGCACAAGCCUGAGGAGGCUACAUUCGAGCAGAUGUGGGCCAAACUCGGCGAGGACAAGGCUAUCAACGAGAAAGAGUUUAUACCUGACAUCCACAAGGUCACCCAAGUGAAGGAGAUAUCUCCCACUCAGAAGAUCUGGACUCUGUACUACACGUUCUCUCCGCCCAUCAUCUCGCCCCGUGUCUUCACCGUCCUACAAACGACGCGACUGGAAGAAAGUAAACCGCGCACUGGGAUCAUCGUGUCGAUCCCCGUUGACUUGAGCGAGGACACAGAACUAAGUAAACUGGAGGAGAAAGGUGUGAAAGGAAGGUACGUCUCGGUCGAGCGACUGCUGGAGUUGGAGGAUGGGAGUCUGGAAUGGCGAAUGGCAACCUCAAGCACACCGGGAGGCAGCAUUCCAACGUAUUUCGUCGAGAAGAGCAUGGACUCGAAGAUAGCCGAGGAUGUUCCUCAUUUCAUGAAAUGGCUGUCGAGUCUCCCUAAGAGUGAUGUUGCUUAGACCAGUUCUAUGUAUCGCUCGACUGCAGAACUGGUCACAGCCGCAUUCCACAAGUUGACUUCAUGCUCUCGGGUGCCGCCGAAGUGAUC